CACCUUUUCCCACCAGAGCUCUCUCUCCACUCACAUGCGAGAGCUUUCCCAUCACCCCAGCAGCAACUGACUCCAGUCCAGCUUACCAAGAUGGCGCUACCACUCCCUGACGUCAAGUCCGUCGCCGACUGUGCAUCCUUCGGCCACACUGUCCUACCCUUCCUGUCGCAAAUCACAGCGCUUCCCGAGCGACUGCAGCUGGCGGCGGCGGCCAAGGAUGUCGACAUCCUCAAGGACAUCUAUCUCUCCACCAACCCUUUUAUCACGGCCCUUGGCUUCAGUUUAUUCCUCUCCAUCAUCCUCCUGAUCGCCUCGGAGAUCAACCGGAACUACUCCCAGGUUGACCGGUUCUGGAGCAUCCUCCCAUCCGUGUACAAUGUGCACUUUGCUGUCUGGGCACGCUUGUCGGGUCUCCGGACCCAGAGUUUGGAUAUCAUCGCCGCCAUCAUCUUGAUUUGGAGUGUUCGUUUGACGUUCAACUACUGGCGCCGAGGUGGCUACUCCAUCGGCUCGGAGGACUACCGCUGGCAGAUCGUGCGGUCCAAGGUCAACAACCGAUUUGCCUUCUUCCUAUUCAAUAUCCUCUUUAUCAGCCUAGCACAGUCUUUGCUGCUGCUUUUCAUCACGGCCCCGACCUACAACUUCCUCCUUCUCUCCCGCUUGUCGGAUCAGAAGUCCUUUGAGCUCCCUGACCUCAUCUUCUCCCGUGUCGCCUUCUUCUUCAUCAUCAUUGAAUACUUUGCCGACCAGCAGCAAUGGAACUUCCAGACCGCCAAACAUAGCUACCAGAAGACGGCGCGGAUCCCUGACCAGUACAAGGGGCAGUUCGACCCUGAGGAUCUGGAGCGCGGAUUCGUCGUCAGUGGAUUAUGGUCCCUUUCUCGCCACCCGAACUUCCUCUCCGAGCAGCUCAUCUGGCUCACCCUGUAUCUCUGGAACUGCUACCGCACCGAAUCCUACGUCCAGUGGACCGGCAUUGGCGUCUUGGGUUACCUGCUCAUCUUCCAGGGCAGCACUCGUCUCACCGAGUCGAUCAGCGCCAGCAAGUACCCCGAAUACCGCGAGUAUCAGGCUCGCGUGGGACGGUUUGUCCCCCGUCUGUCGGUCAAGCCUAAGUACAAGCGCAGCGGCAAGAAGAAGGCUCGCCAGGCUGUCACCGAGAUUGACAAUGGCCAGCAGAUCGUUCAGGAGGCGGACAAGAAGAGCCAGUGAUGUAAGGGUGCGCCUAAUGAAUUAGGCCGAUAUUAGCCUUUCUACUCGGUUGUGGGUGUUCAUUAUAUUCUUUAUCUGGGGUUUCUUUUUCUGCUUUAAGUUACUUGGAGUACAUAUUUUGGUGUUGGAUUCUCGGAAAACAUAUAUCAUCUAGCUUUUUGCAUAUACCUUUAUCAUCUUCACU